AGUAAGGAUCGGUUAGGACGCCCCUUUUCCAUUAUGUGGAUUGGCUGUGUGAUCUGGUUGGCGGUUUUGAAUAGUGCAUUCCACGUUGCUGGAGAAUAACAAGUUUCGAGGAAGCGAUAUCGGACUAACAGCGACACAGAGUUAAGCUAUUUGGAAACAAUCGAAAGAAAAUAUAUGAAAGAUUAACGACAGUCGUGAUAUCGUGCAAAGCUCAAAGCAAACGUCGUUGCUGGAUGAAGAGGUGAAUUCCCUCUGAUUGCAGUGAUGGCAGUGCAGGCCGGCAUACAGGUGUGGUUCGGGGAGAAGUUUGACACGCCUCUUCAGAGUCCACGCAGCCCCCUGUCACAGCGCCACGGCCCGGGCUUGGCCGACGUCUUCCAGUAUGACCAGUGGCUAGCCGUGCGCCAUGAGGCCACCCUGGUGCCCAUGCAGGAGGACCUGGCCAUCUGGCUCACUGGCAUGCUGGGAGAAGAGGUUAGGGCAGAGUUCUUCAUGGAGGAGCUGAACAACGGCGUUAAGCUGUGUCAGCUGGUCGGGGCCCUGCAGACCAGAAUCUCGCACAGCGGGGCUUCAGACAUGGGCAAGCUGUUUCCCAUGAGGAAGGUGGCCUGUAAGUGCAAUGCCUCUCCGGGGUCCUUCUUCGCCCGUGACAACACGGCCAACUUCCUGGGCUGGUGUCGCCACAUCGGCGUGGAGGAAACGUACCUGUUCGAGUCAGAGGGCCUAGUUCUGCACAAGGACCCCAGGCAGGUUUGUCUGUGUCUACUAGAGAUUGGCCGCAUUGUCUCCAGGUAUGGGGUGGAGCCUCCAGUGCUAGUGAAGCUGGAAAAGGAGAUUGAGCUGGAGGAGACCUUGCUGUUGACGACAGACCCUGCUCCUGCAGUCAAAACCUUCACCGUGUGCUGCCAGCAUGGAGGUCUUUACCAUCCUGGGGAGCAACACUUGACCGACGAGCCUCCGUGUAACUGCUCCCAGAGAGUGUCUAUUGAAUACCUAUCAGAGGGCCGUUACAGAUUGGGUGACAAAACCCUUUUCAUCCGGAUGCUGCACGGGAAGCAUGUGAUGGUGCGAGUAGGCGGUGGCUGGGACACUCUGAAGGGUUUCCUGCUCAAAUACGACCCUGGCCGAGUGCUCCAGUUUACCACGCUGGAGCAGAAGAUUCUGGCUUACCAGAAAGGCCCGACCGGCCAUGGGGGACCCGGUGCUGCUGCCUCCGCCCCUCCGCCCGACAUGGACCCCCUCGCUGCAGUCAACCUCAUCCCUUCGUCCCCCUCCUCGUCUUCAUCCGGUUCGGCCUCCAAAACCACCAGCACCCCCGUUUCUACCCCUGUUUUGCCACGGAGGGUAGCCGCACACCCAAAAAGGAACCUUCAGGUGCCCCUUUCCAGGCCAAAGAAGCCCACCCAUCUGCCCUUGCCGGUCGGCAAGAAGGAGGCAGCGGUGUCACCUACCCGGCCUUUACAACAGGGCCCCGGCCCUUCCCUCCUGAAGGGGAGGAGCCAGCCCAGAGCACCAUUGCUCCCCUCUUCCUCUACCCCAGCCAUGGCUCCUUUAGUCCCCAAGCUGAAGAUUAGGCCCCCUCCCCGCAGCGCCCCCUCCCAGCCCCGGAGUCCAGUGUGUCCAGAGCCCUCCUGUAAAUAUCCUAAACCCUCCUCUACCCCCACCUCCAUCACAGGGCCUCGUCCCACCACAGCCCCAUCCAGGGUACCCUUCCAGAAAGACGGCCGACCCCCAACCGGCGCCACCCAACGCCGUAUGCCUCAGAGGCGGCCUGCCUCCCCAACCUCACGCCAGCGUCCGGAUGCUGCCAGACGGAUCCGUCCAGCCCCUAGGAUAGCAGUACCAACCCCCAGGCCAGCAACACCCCAGCCCGUCAAGACCCAAACCCAGACUCCCAGGGCUGCCACAACAGCGCCGCCCAAAUUCACCACUUCGCUUACCAAGAGCAAAGACUUCUCAAGUAAAAGCCAGGCUCCAGCCAGGGCUACCCCCAAAGUGGCUUUUCCCAUACGUGGUGGGGCCCCUGGACAGGUACCAGCGGCCUCCAUUUGUUCUACCUCUGUUGGCAUGACCAACCAGAAAACUAUCCCAACUGCACAGAAGGCAGGGCAGAGGCAAGCACCUGCCACCAAUAUCCUCUCUGUCAAAUCUGAGGCCACCAUAAAGGCCCCCCAAAAAAGAAGCCCUAACGUCAAAGCCCUCCCAUCCCAAAAGAACACUGCUGUCAUGAAGAAAACCCAGCUGAAGAACAAAAGUGAGGACCCAUAUUUUGAAAUGAACGGUAGGAGGCAGAAGACGUGAGCUGUGUUUUGGGGGCGUAGUAAUAAACAUUUAGUGCUUCGGCACAGUGUUUUAAUGUUUCCACACACAAUUCAGCAGAACACCUUUAUAGAUGUAGCACUUGUCAAGCAAAACACAAACUAGAAUAAUAUUUCUAAAUGCCUUUGCACGGCUACUGUUUUUACCGUUUUAAGUUAAAUAAUUACUUUUUGUCUCCGUUUUUCUGAUAUUUGUUAUUUGUCUCUUUUUAUUGUUGUUAUUUAAAGGUCAUUCUUCAGUUGCAAUGUACUUUAGGUUGAGUGGAAUUUCACAUUACCUUUGAAUGAGUUCAGAACUUGAUUACUGGUUUCAUCUGUCACCUCAGCAGUCUUCAGCAUAACACUAAAUGGAAUCGGUUUAGAACCAACCUGUACUCGACAGCCUUUUUUACGAUUCUCUUCCAGCAGGUCUUUAGAAGUUACAGCUGCUUGUCCUGGAGAUGUGUAUAUAUAUUUCUAUUGCAUAUCAAAGUUGGAUUUUAAUUCUGUUUCUGGGAAAGGGACAAUUCUGUGGAAAGUGGAGCAAACUUAGGUAGCACACUUUUUUUAAACAUAGAUUUAUUUUAUUGUUAAUAUUCAUUACAAGCAUGUUAUUGUUACCAAAGUCUGAAAUCAUUGACAGGAAAUAUAACUGGAUGAAAGGUUUUGUCUUCUGUGAAUAAGCAUUCUAUUGAUGGAGGUAUGAUUUUAUAUACACUUUGAUAUUCAUGAUAGUGUUCUCUUUUAAAUGGUCAAAUUAAGCACUGCAAGAAUGUCUCUGGUGUGCCUUUAGAAAUAACUGCCAUGAGGAAUGUACUAGAAAGUAAGGUCUUAAUGUGUUUAAUUGUUUAAUUUAUGAGAAUUGCACAAACAGACUCUGACUGCAAGUUUAUUACAUACAUGACUACUGAUGCAUAUAACAUCCUUUGAACAUAGGGUUUCAACUAUGGGACAACUUAAGUCCUUAAUCAUUUUACAGAGCUAUUGAGAGGUACAUUUUAUUAAUUUGUGUAAAGUCAUCUGGAUCUCCUUUGUCUUCAUGUCUAAGUAACUGUAACUAUUUUCUUGAUCAGCACUUUAUGAAAAUCUGUUGUUUGUUUGCGCGAUUUUGAAUGUUGAUUUGUGAGUCGUUUAAUAUACGUUUGUUACAUUGUCCAAUAAACAGCCAUACGUUGUCUAACUUUCUGCCA